UUGUCGCCUCUAAAUAACUGUAAUAAGUUGUUUUAUGUCCACUAAAAAAUUGCAAUUAUAUGACGCAUGUAAACAAAUUUCUCACAACUGACCUAUAUUUCAAAAUCUAUAGCUAUAAGCACUUAAAAAUAAAUAAGACUCGAAGAAUAGUAGUAUUGAGGACACUUGUUAUGCUAACUUAUAAAUAUACGCAGAGCGAAAAUAAAGUCGCAGUUGCGCGUUUUUACUAUUGGAAUACUUGUCGCGACUCGUGAAAUGGGAGGCUUCGUAACUGUUCUAUAUUUCUUAAGUAUAAUAAUAUGUGUUUACAGUCUAAAUUGGUCGGAAGCGAAAAAGCACGUUCAGGAGUGUUUGGACGAAUACCAAAUUACCAGAGAAGAUGUAGCUAAGUUGAAAAAAGAAGAAUCGCCAGACUAUAAUUGUUACAUAGCUUGUAUAAUGAAAAAGCGUGGAUCUUUGGUAGAUGGAAAAAUCGACGAAGAAAAAAUGUUGGAAAUAUUAAAACAACUACACGUAUUGAAUUCAGAACGAACCGAAGAUAAAUUUAGGAUAUGUGCUACUGAAGCCAAUAAACAGAGUAACGAAUGUCUGGUUGCUGGAGAUAUGAUAGGCUGUUUGUAUUUCAAAUCUAACUAAUUUUAUAGGACCGACAAAGUAGCACUAGAACAUAAGAUUAUAAACAUUAGUUAAAUUAUGUACACAGAUUUAUAAUCAUUUGUAAAAAAAAACAUUGAUGUAAGAAUAAUUUUUUAGUUUUGUUAUACUCAUUAACUAAAUAAUUACAUUGAAAAGCAAAUAUUCCAGUGUCGUUCUGCAUGGAAAAUUAAAUCUAUUAAAACUCUCAGAUAACUAAGCGAAAGGAGCGAUGAGUCUUUCUAGAUUAUAUAAUAUUAAAUUUACCAUCAAAAGUAGAUUUGUCCAGUUUUAUUCCCAUCCACGAAGCUUACUAUCUCAAGUACACAAGGAAAACCGAGUUGUUUACAAUUCAAUUUUGGCGUUAAAUAACUUAGAAAAUAGAUCUAAGAUAAAUGUGA